GGGCCGGAAGCAGCCCGGGCGGAAGAGGAAGCGAGGCGCUGAGGCGCAAUAGGCAGCGGCCCAAGCGCGGCUGCCGGCGAUGAAGGUUCUCCGAGCGCCCGGGGCGGUGUGGGGCCUGGCCUUGGUGCUGUGGCAGCUGGGCCCGGCGGCGCGGGCGAUGGACCCGAUCACGAUGGGCAUCGCGCUGGCCGGCACCGCCUCGGCCCUCACCGGCCUCAUCUCCCUCCCGAGGCUCUAUUGCUACUUCGCCGAAUGCUGCCUGGAGAGGCCGCCGCCGCCGCAGGUCGGGCGAGAUCUUAAGGACAAUCUGGGGAAAAAAGUCUUCGGACAACACCUGGUGUCGGAGGUGAUUGUGAAAGCUGUGACGGGGUUUUUGGCCAACCCGAAUCCGAAGAAACCCCUGGCGCUCUCUCUGCACGGGUGGACGGGGACGGGCAAAAACUUCGUCAGCAAGAUUGUGGCAGAAAGCCUUUACGACGAAGGGCUGAAGAGCAAAUACGUCCACCAGUUCGUGUCCACUCUGCACUUCCCACAUCAGCAGAACAUCAGCCAUUACAAGGACCAGCUGCAAACGUGGAUUCGUGGCAACGUGAGUGCCUGUGGCAGGUCGAUCUUCAUAUUUGACGAAAUGGAUAAAAUGCACGCCGGGCUCAUAGACUCCAUCAAGCCUUUCCUGGAAUAUUAUGAAGAAAUAGACGGCAUCUCGUAUCGAAAAGCCAUUUUCAUUUUCCUCAGCAAUGCUGGAGCUGAAAGAAUAACCGAAGUGGCUCUCGAUUAUUGGAAGAGUGGGAAGAAGAGGGAAGAGAUUCCUCUGCAUGUUUUGCAACAGCAAUUGUCAAAUUCCGUGUUUAAUAACAAAAAUAGUGGGUUUUGGCACAGCAGCCUGAUCGACCGAAAUGUAAUCGAUUACUUUAUCCCCUUCCUGCCUCUGGAAAUCAACCACGUGAAAAUGUGCAUCAGGUCUGAACUGGAAUCGCGGGGCCACGCAGUAAAUGAAGACGUGGUCUCUCGGGUGGCCAAUGAGAUGACCUAUUUCCCCAAAGAGGAGAAGAUCUAUUCUGACAAAGGAUGCAAGACAGUUUACACAAAAUUAGAUUUCUACUACGACGUCUAAAAUUGGUUUUCGCUUGCAACUUCAGAGGAAGGGGAGGGGGAAAUGAAUCCGUUCAGAGGACCAAAUCUCUCUCUCUCUCUCUCCCCCUCCCCUAAGAUUUUAACCUAUGUAAACAGGACAAUUAAUUGAGAUUGGGGGAGAGCUGGGAUUUUGGAAAUCUAAAAUUGUGGCUCGUUCGUUAAGAGAAGAGUUUCUCGGUCCAUCCGUUGAAAAAUUGUUUUUAAUCAUGACUGCGUUUUGGUCCACGUCACGAGAUCUUUAGGGAACACAUCCUUCUAUCUGGAAGUGAAAAUGGUUCUAACUAGAUAACGGUUGGUACGCAAAGUAUUCUGAUUUUUCUUUUCUUUUUGAAACGUUUGUGACUCUUAAGAAAUGAAGGAAUGUUUUUGAAUCCGUGCAUUUUUUUUAAAUAUUCUACAAAUGAACAGUUGGAAUCUUUCCAGCAAUCUUGAGCUAACGUAGUACACUUCAUUAGAAAUGAUUCUUUGGGUAUCCUUCGAUCUGCUUUUUAAAAGCCUUUAUUCUGUAUCGAGAUCAAGAGUUGGUGCUAAAAAAAAAAAAGAAGAAAGAAAAAAAAUAAUCUAAGUGAUCUAGCGCUGUCAGAAUUGUCAAGCAACAAAAGAUUUGACACUCUUUCAGGGAGAUAUUUUUCCUCACUGGAAUAAAACACAGCUGGCCAUCUUAACUACUGCCGGGGCUGAACAGCCGACGUAUUCCAAGUAUUCUGAGAAUCACCUGCAAUUCCUUGAAGCAAGAACUUCUCAGAACCAAUUCUAAAAAUGUUGCCUUCAUGCCAAGAGACAGAAUUUCUGAGAAUAUUUUAAUGUUGGGGGUCUCUGCCAUCACUCGCAAAAAUGUACUUUUCCCCCAGCCAUCCAAAUAAAAUGGCUUUGUGAAGCAGUAACAAGAAGGUAUUCAUCUCUUUGUUGAACGUUCUGGAAUAUUUUUGUGAAUAAAGAAAAGCCAGUUGAUUUAA